AUGUUCUUCAUUCCCUAUCUGAUAGAUGCCACCACACCGAACAACAACAAUACCAACAACAAUAACACGCACAAUCGCCAUCACAGCACCAAUAACAACACCACUAACCACGCUCCACGAAACGGAACGGUCACCAGUACCAACCGUUCCAUUCCGGAUGCCAAAUUACUGGACAAACGAUAUCAGGAUCGUCGUCGUCGAAAUAACGAAGCGGUGCGACGUUGUCGAGAGAACAAACGUGCCCGAUUGAUUGGUCGAGCAGAAGUUACAGAUCGUUUACAAACAGAGAAUAGAGUACUUCGUACAGAAUUGACAGGGUUAAGUAUGGAAUUGAAGGCGCUGCGUAAAUUGCUUGGCAACCAGUCUUCUCGGGUCAGUGAGACCUCUGUGGAUUCAGCUUCAUCUUCCUUGGCUUCACCAGGUCGUGUGAAAACGGAGGAUGGUGUGACUACUUCCGAACCCGAUGGAUCAGAUACACCCAUGAAUGGGAUUACAGGUUCACCUAACGGAUCCACAUUAGCUGAUACGAAGCCGGAAUCUUCCACGCAUCAUGAAGACCAAUCACCAAGUGUUGGGGAUGACUGGGUCGAAGAUCCCAACACUCCGUCCACGUGUGUUGCGAACCCGACCUCUAUCCCCGAUUCCGAUGAGCUACAAUUGUCUCAUGAUCAUCAUCCACCAGUCAACACCGAAAGUGAUCACAGUGCCUCAGAUGAAUCUGGUUCUCAAGCUUCAUCUUUCCGAUCUACCGCUCCGCCAGUAGUCCUUCCGUCUGCACAAAAUCCACCCCGGAUGCGAAAACGACUAUCCCGUACAGUGGUCCGUCGUUGUUCACCAACUGUACCGGAAGUACACAACAGCCCGACAGAAAAACACAGUCCAGACUGGAUGGAUUGUGCUGAGCCCUGUGUGCGUGCAUCGUUCGAAUGCUCCAAUACGAAUCAGGAGGAUCUGAUUACCUCGUAG